UUUCGACCUCAGCAAGUUACACAGCAGAUUUGAACCUAGGAGGGAGAAGAGAUCAGCAUGGAGCAGACAGAUCUUCUGAAGGUUGACGUGAGUCCCGAUCCCCGGUGUUAAGUACACCUAGUCCAAACGCAGCUUCAGUCACGUGGUAAGCCUAAAUUCUUACGAUGACGUCCCGUCCCUGGUUCUUAUAAAACCCCGCUUUUGAGCUCAGCGGUCACUGACACCGGAGAAGGGAACAGCACGUUUGAACCCAGAGGAAGGAAAAAAGAUCAGUAUGGAGCAGACAGAUCUUCUAAAGCUUGUUCGAUCCUAUCCCGAAGUGAAGGGAUCUGAGAUAUGGCGGAAAAAAAUGAAGACAUUAUUUGACAGAUGCGACGCAGAUGGCAAUAAAUAUCUGUCGAAGGAGGACUUCAUUCAAAUGGCGAAGCGAGACGUAGAAUUCAACAGUCUAAAUGAGGGUGAUCCAAAAGCGAAGGAAGUACUUGAGGCUCGACUGAGUGCCUGGAGAAACGCCGUGUUACGCGGACAGGGUAACCCAGACACCGACCGCGUGACUAAGGAAGAUUUCGUUCAAAAUAUUCUGUGCGCUGUGAACACACCGUGGAGGGAGCAAUACCCAGUCCUAGCCAGAGCUUUAUUCAAUGCCGUCGACAUGAACAGCGACGGGAUUAUAUCUCAGAGAGAGCACGCCGGAUUCUUUUUUGCAUACCGGAUCCCAGUAGAGCUGUCUCCAGCCGCUUUCGACGCAUUGGACACCAACAAGGACGGAAAGAUAAGUUUGGAGGAGUUCAGUCGCGCCUUUAUAGAUUUCUUCCUUGGGGAGGAUCCCAGCAGCCCCCAUAACACAUUCUAUGGUCCUCUAGUGGACUAGGCUAAGCAUUUUACUUUACAAGGGAGUGGAUAUGAUCACAGAUAUCUAUCUUGGACUUGAAAGCAGUGUGUUUCAUUUUGUUGAACGUGGUAUAUAUAAUGGGAACCAUCCGAGACAGCCCAUAAUCUCGUAACUUGGUGAAAAAUCAAGCGAUAUUUGGCAUGAUAGAAGGGGCGUGGGGAUUAGAAAUAAUGACAUAUUCAUUAGCGAAUGUGACAUGACAACGAAUAAAACCUCACAUUUAUU